AUGAGUAGUUCAUCACCAGCACAUUCUUCAAUAUCAACAACAGCAAUAGCUGGAGAAAGAGGAGAACGAAAUGGCAGCAGCAAUCCUGCUUUGUCUACAGACGACUUCUUCUUCCCCAUUGAUCUGAUUUCUAUUCAAGAUCGCAAAGAAGAGGCAUUGCUUGUUAUAAAAUCUGAUCUGAUGGACGCACUUAACAAGGUGGUUAAAUCUCUUGAUGAAGAUAAUUGGAUCUUUGAAGGACCACGCCACCAUAUCAACCCUAUAUCAAGAAAAGUUUUCCGUGCAUUUUCUGCCUGCCUGAUACGAAUGUCAUAG